AUAGAAAAAGGCUUCCUGUAUGGGAAAAAGGUAUUUUAAUUACUUUAAAUCUGAAUCAGCCUAUUUGAUCGAUGCUAUGUUUAUUUAUUAAUUGAUUUUUUUAAGUACUCUAUAGUAAAAAUAAAUUGAAGCGAAGCGUAAACCAAUCAGGGCUUUAUGCGGAAAUGACGUAAGGACACCAAACAUGGCGUCUGAUUCAAACGGCAUUGCCCGAAUGCAGCACCCCAGGCAUUAUGCCCCCCAGCAGCCAGCGGGGGAUGUGGCCAAGGAGGAACGAGUGGGGGACAUAGUCAAACUGUCUUUUGACAACAAGCUGACGGGAAGGAGGAGGCUCCACCAGCUGGAGAAGGAAAAGCUGGAGAUGAUGUCCACACACAACCAGCAGCUGUGCACUUUGGAGGCGGAACUUACCCGCCUCCGGGCCUCCGUGGAGAAUGGGGAAGCUAAGAGGGCAGAGCUUCAGUACCAGGUGACUGUGAGCCGCAGAGAUGCCCAGCAAGCAUGUGAGAGCAACGAAGCACUCAAAGAGCAAGCUGCAUCACUGCGGAAGGUUCUGGACAUGACCCAGCAGGCCAGACAGGAGGAACGACUCACUUUGCAGCAAGAAGUGGACGAGCGUGACGCACUGAUUGAUGGCUUGACUUCAGAGAGCGAACACCUACACAAACUCCUGCAGCGUCAGAAAGAGGCACUGGAGGAGGCGCAGAGGAGGGUGAUUGCGCUGCAGAAGGAGUGGGAGGAGGAGGUCCAGGGCCACAAAUCUCUGGAGGCCGACAUGGAGGUCGAGCGAGCAGCACACCUGGAGUUCAAGCGCAAGUGUGAGGUCACACAGGCGGUGCUGGCAGUGGAGCGGCGUGGCCAGCAGGAGGCGCAGUGCAACCUGGAGCUACUGAGAGGAGAGCUCCGAGAUGUGAAAAGAUCUUACCAGGAGGAGAGAGAGAGCAACCAAUUCACUGAGCAAGCUCUGCAGAGCCUGAAGACAGAGUACAAGCAGUACAAGUGUGACCUGAGCAUUGCCUUAGAGACAGAGAAAAGGAACACGGCUAACCUGGCUGAGAAGCUGGAGGAAGAGAAAAGGCAACAUGGCAACACGCGCCUGCUUCUGGAACAGGUGCUGAAGAGAGAGAUGCACUGUGAGAAACUCCUAGAAGAGAUCAAUCAGGCCCUCCAACAGCACACACAUCAAGAAGCAAAGGAUGAUGGGAAAAAGAGUCCUCCUGCCGACAUAAUGCAGCUGCUCCGUUUGACGCUCAGCAGACAGGAAGUAGCUGAGAAACAGGUCCAGGAUUUGCUGUUGACGUGCGAGAGACUUGACGAGGAGAAACAGACACUCAAAUGCGUGGCUGCGCAUCAGAAGCAAUGUCUCCAAGAGGCUUGCCAGCUGUCACUCAAGUUGCAGGAGCAAGCAACUCGCUUGCAAGAAGAGAGCCGUGAUUGGUCCGUGCAGAACGAAGAGCUUCAGAAACAGUCAAAGGCCCACCUGUCCUUCCUGCAUUGUGUGUAUCAGCGCCUGAUGGCGGGCUGUGUGCUCGCAGAGCCGCAAAGCAUGCUGGGUACCUUCACCUGGUCAAACUUGUGUGACCUCAUCAACGAGCUGGUGGGGCAGCUGACCUCUGACCUCCAGGAGGCCAACAACAAGGUGGCGUGUUUGCAGGCGGCGUGCGAGAAGAAGAGCGGGCACUUGCAUCAGCUGCAGCGGCGUCACAAGCUCAUGCUGGCGCAUGUCCGAGAGCGCGGGAAGAGGCGGGCGGAGGCCUGGAACAGCCGACACACGCGCACUGUCGCUCAGCUGCGGGAUCUCCUCUUGCGGAGCCGCAGAAAGUCAGCCUCCUUCCUGUCAGCGUGUGCCCUCCUCGCCGGCACGAUGGCGCACGCCCAGCGCCGCCUGAGCAGGCUCGCAGAGGAAAAACAUAUUUUGGGCUCACGCUUGGCGGCGAGGGAGGAGCUGGAGGAGGAGCUGCGGCGGCUGGCUUGCGCUUUGGGCGGAGACGGAGGGGAGAGAAAAACGCAGGGGUCGUCGGCCAGGAGGCGAUGGCGGAAGUACAUGUGCGUAGUAUCGGCAUUGAGGUGGUGGCGCGCCAUUGGAAGGAGGAGCAUGGAGUUGUUUCGGCUGGAAAUGGGACAAGCGGGUCCAGUGGUGUGUGUCGCUUCGUCAACUCUGAUGGGAGGAGAGGAUGUUGAACAUCGCGACGCACUGUGCGCUCGCUGGCUUCGCUCCAAACGUCUGUCCUCCACCAUCUUGGCCUGCAUGGCCGGCCUAUCUCCUCCCGCCUGCUCCCCGACACACGUGAGGUCAGCAGCACGGUCUGGAUUGGCUCGCCUCCUGAAUCACAUUGUCAGUCCAUCGGAAUCUGCCCCAGAAAUCUUGCGUGAGAUGAUCCCACAGACUCUGCCCCCCAGCGACUUGAAGAUGCUGGUGUCCCGCCUCCAACAGCACUUCCUGCUCCUCACCCAGCGGCUGCACUCAGCUGAGGUGGAGAGGCGGAGCCUGAGGCUGCAGGUGGCCCAUCUGAGAAGAACUGAGUACAGCAGGGAGGACAACUGCAGAACGGUUCCAGCAAAGCACUUCCACAGUAUGUGCUCCAACCUCCGCCAAGCACUCACUGGGGAACAGGAAGCUCGCGCCCUGCUUCAGGAGCAAUCGGUACAGCGAGACGCCCUGCAGCUGCGAGUCAACACACACGCCACAGAGCGGGAACAAGCCCACCGUGCGCUCCGACGCAUGGCGGAGGCGCUGGCGGAGGCUCGACGGGGCCUGAGAGGGAAGGAGCGCUCGCUGAGGAAUCUGGGCAAGCACUUGUCACGUGUGGACAAAGAAAGGCGGUGUCUGGAAGGGCGACUGCGACAUUUUCAGGACGCCACCAGGAUCACGAUCGGCUCCGGGAAGGCAGCAACGCAGCGGCAUAAGGCGGUGUCCAACUUUUCUACUUCUGGUGCAUUUAAAGAGCUGCCAAACCCAGGAAGUGAAAGUCGUGAAGGGCAUCAUCCAGGUCAGAGGUCCCCAAUCAAUGGGUGAUUUAGCCCGAGACUCAGAGAGACUAAACGAAAAUGUUUGGACAGUUCCUUCUGAAAACGAAUGUUUCAGGAGGCAUUAUGGAUGAAAAUGAAAGCAGAAUAUCCUUUUUAUAUAAGAUACUUUUUGGGUGUGCGAGAAGUUUUCAUCUUUCAUCACUUAAAGUGUUUGUCACACUUUAAGUGAAGCAUCAGCACAUCUCUACUAAGGAAUCCACACCCUGAGGCAACACAUGCAGACAAAAUUGUGCCGACUUUGCUCAAAGGGAAGCUUCUUUUUUUUGUCAGUCACCAUCCUAACUUGUGAGGUGAAAUGAACUUCCAAGGACAACACAUUGCUGGUUUCCAUGGUGACGGAGAGCUUUUUUUUUGUGUUUUUUUUUUUUUAAACAUCCCAUCUUGACAUUUGCCUCAAAGGAAUAUCAAGUACACCAACGCAUCAUGUGUUUUUGUGUGUAGGACUAAGUUAAAAAAGUGUCAGCGCAGAAAGAAAAGUGGCACAAGGGCUGACGCCGGCAUUUUCAUUCAGGUGCUGUCUUGGUCUGAGUUUGUCCCACCGGAUUUAAAUUGAGUUCCUCCCAUAAAGGGACAUGCCUCCUUCCUCGGGGGAGCGAAGCACAAGGAUCAAAGUCUUAAAUCCGCCUUGAGAAAGAAAUAAAACGGAAAUGUUGAAGUAUCAACUUAGUGGAUCGUUGCCUCUAAACAUGGCCACUCAGCACAGUAAUCCUCUCGAGUCCCGAAAGUCACUUUGACAGCAAGACGGCGCUAAUCGGCUUCCUUGACGCUUCCGUCCUCAGGCGACAAACAAGUUGUCACAGCAACAAGAAUAAACUUGUCCUACUGGGAGCUGACACCCAGAACCUCUCAUGGCUGUCACCAUGUCAUGUCCACGAUCCUGACCGCCAAUUUGUCAUGUCCGCUGUCAUCUUCUGUCAUCUACUUGAACGUCAUGAAUGCUUAGAUGCAGGCGUUCCUGGGGAUGUGCAAUUUUUGCCAAUCAGCAUCAGCGUUCUCCAAUCAGAGGCCGGUAGGUGGAGUCAAAUAGUGAACAAUAA